AUGUCCUGUCUCCACGCCGCGUCGACCCAAAACGUCCUCGAUCCAAGACGGAUAGGAAAGCAGAAUUCUGGUUUCUCCGAUGACGACAUCUCCGACAUCGUCUGCGUCCUCCACCCACAUUCCCCCCAUGCCCGCCGAGAGAUCUGUCGCAUAGCUCUCGAGAAUUCGCCCCACGUAUUCGGUCGAGCUGCUGUAGACGGCGUCGAUGGCGACCCAUAUCACGAAGAUGAGGCCAGCCGCUUCCAGAUGGCCCCGCCCGACCUGGGGAAUCAUGCUAUCGUGCUAAAGCUCUCCGCCGCCGUGAAAGACCCCCUCAUGGGCUUCACAUUUGGCCGGAAUCCCUCCCGAUGCGACGUCUGCUUUGCCAACGACCCCUACAGGAGGUUGAGCAACAUACACUUUCGCAUAUUCAUCAACGAAUACGGCGUCGUCAUGCUUGAGGACCAAUCUACGAACGGCACCAUUGUCGACGGCAAGCUGCUCAAGUCCAAGUCACAUAACCCUUCCAAUACGAAGCGCAUGUUGACUUCUGGCUCGAAGGUAAAGGUUCUCAUGCAUGAGGAGAACAUGGAUCUUGAGUUCAUGGUCCGGGUUCCCCGCCGCGAUGGCGCCUACGACACAGCCUAUCGGGAACGCCUAAACGAAUACUUUGCCCGGGUCGCCGCCCUCCGCGGGAAUACGAACGCGAAUACGGGCACUACAGUGGGCCCCGGUCCGAGCGGGCCUCCGAACCUCUUUCCUCCACCUGCGCCAGGGCCCAGGCGUAUACCGCUGCCGGAACAACAAAGGGUCAAGUCGGCGACCCCACCGUCAAAUGGCGCCAUGAACCCGGCCGUGAUACCGCGAGAAUGGGAUGGCGCAGACAAGUAUAAUAGGGUGUGCAUGGUAGGGAAAGGCGCCUUUGCUGUUGUCUACCAGGUCACCUCCAAAAUCGACGGGAGUCCUUAUGCCGCGAAGGAGCUUGACACCCGGAACUUUAUGAAGAAUGGCAUUCUUGACCAAAAGGUGGAGAAUGAGAUGAGGAUAAUGCAAAGGAUAAAACACCGGAACAUUGUAAAGUAUAUAGAACACUUUGACUGGGAUAAUCGCCUUCUGAUCAUCAUCAUGGAGUUCGUCGCUGGAGGCGACUUGGGCAAGUUUAUAAACGAUCAUGGUCCCCUCCCCGAAGACACAGUCAAGGCCAUGGCUUCUCAGCUAUUAGACGCUUUUCAAUACCUACACGAAAAUAACAUCACUCACCGAGAUGUGAAACCCGACAACAUCUUGGUGAGCUCGAUCGAGCCAUUUGAGGUCAAGCUAACAGACUUUGGCCUCUCUAAAAUGGUGGAUAGCGAGCAGACUUUUCUCAGAACCUUUUGCGGUACCUUGCUGUACUGUGCCCCGGAAGUAUAUACCGAGUUUACCGAGUACGACCACAUGGGGAGGAGGAAUCCGCGGAAUAAGGCGCGCCGUCCGGUGGGCCAGAGAUACGGCCAUACCGUUGACGUCUGGUCGCUUGGCGGCGUGCUCUUCUACGCUCUCACGGGUAGCCCGCCCUACCCCGUCCACCGUGGCGUUAGUCCCUCCGAGUUGCUCCACCAGAUCAUGAAUACGGACCUCAAUAUCCAACCCCUUCAAAAGAAGGGCGUGUCACGCAACGGCAUUGAUUUCCUGCGCCUUAUGCUCCAGAGGCGGCCUGAAAUCCGAGCUACGGUGCAAGAACUACGCUCUCACCCUUGGUUGGGCGGUGCCUUCGGGACGGGGUACGCUCAGUCUUUUGACGAGAUAACAGACGACGAGCUCCAGGUAAACGCAUCCCAGCUAAGUCUGGAGGACGGAGGCGUCACACGACGGGCCGCGACCCGCGCUGUGAUAUCAGAUAUCAUCGGCGACGAUCUUAUUAUGGACGACGAUGAGUCCGAGAAAGAAAACUAUACGAAACCCACACCGCGCCUAUUUGGCGAGGUCGAUGUCUCAGCGAUCGGCAGCUCGGGAGUCAUCCCCUCGCACCGCUUGAAUCUACGCGCGGCAACCAACACCUCCGAUAGCGCAGGAGAGACGAUCAUCCUCGGCUCCGAGGCCCCAGACAGCUUUGACGACUCGGACCAUUUUACGCCAAAUAGGCGCUCGCAGCCGAAGCAGAACGCGCAAGUCUCCAUCGGCCCGCACAAUCAGUCAGCAGACCAGCUGCAUAGCCUCGUCCAUGACGUGCAAUCACAGAGCCUGGGGCGUACAGAAGCUGCAAUUGGAGGCACUAUUAGUAUGGCCUCGAGGAGUGACAACUCUCAGGCCCUCAUGCAGCCGACCGAUUUUAUGACGAGCAAGCGGAAGCCGAGCCACGAUACGAGCGAUGAGUUCGAACAGGGCCUAGAACGAGAUAAACCGACUAUUAAACGACUCAAGUCUGAGGCUAAUAUCGAGGGACUUUCGGAGGAUGUCAUCGAGGAGUACAAGCUGCUUGCCUCGAUACCACCGGUCCAGAGGCUUCAGUCCGGGCGCCUGAUCGACCGACCAGUUCAUAAGACGAUUUUCUGGGAUCGGAAAGACACCAGUACACAUCACGUUGACUAUCCCGAGAUGACGCAAUUGCAGCUAGAUGUUUUCCGGCAGGCUGCGCGGGACAGGGGCGAAAAGUUUGAGCAGGGCAAGUCUAAGCUGUGGGAGCUGGCGAUGAAGUAUUUCCCGCCAACGGACUGGAGCGCGGUUGAGGAAGCGAAAGAAAACGAGCCCCCGCCUCAGCAGACGAAACCGCGAACCCUCCUUCGGCGCGACUCCCGGAGACUAAGAGACGAGAUGAUGGACAUUCCGUCCACCGCGCCGCCCUGCGGGCCAGAAUGUGAAGAUGAUUCCGAUUCCAUCCCGGAUACAUUACCUACCGAGGGCAUCAUUGUGCCUGUGCCAGAAGACCCGGCUCGAAACCGCCUGGUUGGCCUGUUGGAAUCAGCGCCCGACUCCGCGGUUACGAACAUAUCCAUCCCCAUCGCCGAUUCUGUGCUGUCAUGGGGCCGGGGACUGGAAAAUACCCACAUGUACGAGCCCAAGACCGAAGUACGGGUCCCUAAAUUCGCCUUCAAGAUCCUCCUCUAUAAGGAGGGGUUCGAUGCUGCGCGGGAUCGGCAUCCGCGCCCCUGGCUCCGCAACCAGCAGGACGAGGAGUCGUUUGCGUUUUACAUCUCCACAAAAGCCACGAACGGUAUCUGGAUCAACAACCAGCGCCUCCUCUCCCACGACGCCAAGAGGCCUUCGUCUCCUGCCCACCACUGGAUGCGCCUAUACAACGGCGACGAGAUCAUCGUCUGGGGCAGCCUUGACGCCGAAAAGACCAAAAUCAUCUUCCGCUGCUUCUGGGGCGGAUCCGAAGCCGACCGCUCCCUGUCCGCUGAUGAUGCGCUCCUACCCCCCAGACCCGUCGAUGCUGAGCUCGCCCGCCGCCUCGAUGAGAUUUGCCUCAAGGCCGAGCGGCGCUCCCGCUCCGAGAAGCAAUACCUGCAACGGAUGGAUGUCGCCAGCCGUGAGCACGCGCUGAGGGAGAAGUUCGUCGAGUGGGAGCGUGAGAGGAGCGCCGAGUUUGAGGAGAAGAGGCGCGAGGCCGUACGCUUCGUCACGGCGGCGAGGAAGGGUUCGAGGAAAGGUUCGCCUAAUGGCGCGGCUGGGAGGACGAGAGUUUAUGACGUAUGA